CUUCCCUGGACGACUCGCAAUGGAUUCCCCGGCUCCAGGAUGACACACAAUAAUGAUGAUGCAGAGAUGCCCAUCGCCGUGUUGUAGACACGGGCCUGGCCUGGACCUUGUGCCAGCGGCUGCCCCGUGCACCCUCUUCACCCACUCACUCACCGUCUCCGUCUUCUUUUCUUGAGUGAGCUGGCGGGCAUCUCCCAGCCUGUCCCUUCCAUUCUCUUCCCACUUUGCUGUGAGGAUCAAGACGCACGCCGUCAACAUCAUGGAGCCGCAAGAGACGCAGUUCAGCACCGGUGCCGGCGGAGACGGCCCAGGCACGCCCGGCCCGGCCGCAGCACGCAAUGGCUACGGGACGAGCACCUCGCUUGGCCGCCAGGGCUUCUCGGCGGACCACAGAAUUGCCGCCAUCAUGGCCGACAGCCUCAGGAACAACCGCGAAAACGUCAAGACCGCCACGGCCAGGGCAGUCGGCCCUGACCUGCUGCGCGGCCUGCUCAUGCUGCUCAUGGCCAUGGACCACACCGUCGGCGCCAUCAACUCGUGGCCCCACGCCCAGGGCUCCCUCAUCGAGCUCGACGGCAUCCCCAUCACCCGCUGGAACCGUCCCAUCGGUUAUGCCAUCCGCACAAUGACCCAUCUCUGUGCCCCGGGCUUCUUCUUCCUCCUCGGCAUGGGCACCGUCUAUUUCGGCCGCUCCCGCUCCCGACUCGGCUGGUCCGCCUUCGCCGUGACGCGCCACUUUGUCAUCCGAGCCAGCGUGCUCACAGUCUUGACAGUGCUGAUGGGCAUGGCCAUGGGUUUCGGUACCAUCUGGUUCCUCAACGUCGUCCUCUUCGCGCUCGGCUUUGACUAUCUUGUCGUUGGCUUGCUCUGGCUUCUCUUUAGCAAGACGGAGCCUGCUCUUGCGAGUACCGUCACCAAAGCGGCCCGUCUGGCCUGGGGGAAAAAGGACAACCAAAAUGUCGAGAGCCACGCUAGUGCAGAUGAUGAAGCCCUCCGCCCCCUGUUGCCCUCGUUGCAGCGACAACACUCUCCUUCAAGGGAGAAUGGGUCACUGGACGCACCAGGGGCGAGGACCUCGUACCACAUCCAUAACUUGCUCAUUCUAGUCCUCGUCGGCGUGACCAUUUGGUGGAACAUCUGGCUGUCACCUAAUGGCGGGCGGUGCAUCUCGACCAACUCCGAUGGGUCGCUAGACACGCAGCCUUUCCCCAAGACUGGCAGUGGCUUCAUUGAUUUCUGGUUCCACGUCUACGUCACAGAUCGUGUCAUCUCGAUAUUCCCAGCCAUGGGCUGGCUCUCAUUCGCCAUAGCUGGUCUGCUUUACGCAAGGCUUGUGCUCCAUCCUGCGGCCACACCUGCUCGCAUCCGCAGCGGCACGCUUGUGGCGUCUCUGGUGCUCGCUGUCGUGUUUGUACUCACACGCCUGCUUCACUUCGGCAACUUAUCUGAAGACUGCUUCUUCACCCCGGACCAAGGCAUUUCAGACAUCGGCCACCCGAGACACGGGAACCAAUACCUCGCCUCGCCACAGGCGUUCUUCUAUCUGACAAAGUAUCCGCCAGACGUCGCCUUCUUCGCUUACACCCUGUCGGUGAACCUGCUUUUUCUCACUGCUCUGGACUGCGUCCCGCGCGUAUACCUCCCAAAGACCAGCCCCCCGAGUAUCACAGAUUCCGCAGCGUCAGACGGCACCGCCGGUGCUCGGCGAGCCUUGGCCAAGGCCUUCACCACGCUCCUCACCGUGCUUCUGACAUUCGGCAACUCUGCCCUCUUCUUCUACAUUGUCCACCAGUUUGUCGUGUACGGCGCUGGCUCGAUCCUGACAAAGCUGUUCGGUCGCGAAGUCCCUGGCGAGAAGAACCCUCUCGAUGGGCAGCCCCUGAUUGCCAUACAGAGCAUUUGGGCAUUCUGGGGCGUCUGGCUUCUUGUCAUAGUCAUCAUGUUCCCGUUAUGCAGGUGGUACGCGCGCUUCAAGAGUACCAAGAGUGUUGACUCGGUGUGGCGGUUCUUCUAACGAUGUGGAUCAUUGAGAUGAUAAGACGAUAGCAUGAAAGGCAUGAUUCGCGACUUUAUAAAGCAGAUUGUAAUUUCAGCAGCAGCAGAAGACUAUGUAGAGACGAGGUCUCCACAUGGAGCGGGAUUCCGCGGUUGAAAAGAACCAUAGCUUUUGGCACAUGUGAAAACCUCCCAUUGCUGCUCGGUUCGUUUAACUCUCACUUCCACGUGGAGGACGAUCGAGAAACCAUCGUGGCAUGGCACGCGCACACACACAUACACACACACACACACACACACACUCACCCACUCACGAAACAAAACAUGAGAAAAAUCUUGAAGAGCAU